GGCGCUUCCGGCAGGAGAAAAUGGCGACUGCCAUACAGGACUCACGUGUGAGCUCGGGGAAAAGGCUGAAACAUUCCCUGAAGAAGAAGAAAAAGAUGAAAGUGGUAGCGAAGAUUACAGGGUCGAAUCUGGAAGAGGAGAUUGAGGGCGCUUCCGACAGUGAAGGUUCUCUAGGACACGGUGGAUCAGAAAUACACCAGUUGUCAGAUGAUGGAGCAGUAGAAGCCGACAGUGAGGAUUGUGUUGAACCCUGUGAUGAAGAACAUGAAGAUGCUGCUGAAUCAAGUGCUGGAACUAAUACUGGCUGGGCAGAUGCCAUGGCUAAAAUCCUUAACAAAAAAACUCCUGCCAGGAAACCCAGCAUCCUCAUCAAAAACAAAGAGCUGGAGAGAGAAAAAGAAAAGCUGAAGCAGGAGAGACUGGAGAAGAGGAGGCAGCUCGAUAAGAAGCGGGAGUGGGAAAUGAUGUGCAGAGUGAAGCCAGAUGUUGUCAAAGACAAAGAGACGGAGAGAAAUCUUCAGAGGAUUGCAACUAGGGGUGUGGUGCAGUUAUUCAAUGCUGUUCAGAAACAUCAAAAGAAUGUUGACGAGAAGGUUAAAGAGGCUGGAGGCUCCAUCAGAAAGCAAGCUAAGUUGAUAUCCACUGUUUCCAAGAAAGAUUUCAUCAGUGUUCUUCGAGGAAUGGACGGAAACGCAAGUGGGAAGAGCCCUAAAGCUGGCCAGACUGCAGUGAAAUCAGAAGAGGGCCCGGGCUGGUCGAUUCUGCGGGAUGACUUCAUGAUGGGCGCCUCCAUGAAGGACUGGGACAAGGACAGUGAUGGGCCAGACGACAGCAGAGCAGGACCCUCAAGUGACUGAGGCCUGGAGCCGUGGGAUGCGGCUAUGGCCAUUUUGCUCCAACGUUCCUCUGUUAUGUGUAAAUUUUAUUAAAAUUAGAGUUUCAAUCUUUAUAUAACUUAAAGCAUUUUUCCAGAAUAUUUGUAUAAAGAAUUUUUUUUUUUUUUAAUCGAGCAGCACGACAUGCUUUUUGCUAGGGUCCUUACAUGUGGACACACACUGAUCAUGUUUUAAUAGUGUCACCACUGUUUCGAGUUUACAAUUAAAGCUAACUUUUUGAAGUAAGA